AUGUCUGGUGACCCCCUUAACACUGAUGUCUACCAUAAAGGCAUUUUUGCUCCUAAUCCAUUUGUUUACUUUCAUCCUCAUAAACUACUUGUUAUAAUGCUAGAUGUACGUAACAUGGAUUUCAAGGAGUUCAAGACCUACCUCCAAAAACUGAUCAAUAAUAGAUGUCGGAAUAUGUAUUACUGUCUUAAAAAUCGGUCCCUCGUAGAUAGGUUAAUGGAGCUCAGGGAUGAAGAUGAUUACGUUAGGUUCCUUGAUGCUGGGUUUGAUGAUGAUGAUGAUGAUGAUAAGAUCGACAUCUACAUUGAUGACUAUCACGAGCCUAUACUAGAUUGA